UUGGGCGAUAAUUUAUGUCAGCAACUUCGGGAAAAAGCACAACAAUUUGAAUGGUUCUCUUUAGCUACCGAUGAAAGUAAUGAUGUUACUGAUACUGCCCAGCUUUUAAUAUUUGUUCGCGGAAUCGAUAAGAACUUUAAUGUCUAUGAGGAGCUUUUACAUUUAUGUAGUUUGAAGGGCACGACUACCGGAGAAGAUUUGUUUUGUAACUUAGAACAAGCGCUAGUAUCAAUGCAAUUACCAUGGGAAAAAUUGGUAAGUGUUACAACUGACGGAGGCAGGAACAUGAGUGGACAAAAUAAGGGUUUGGUAGGUAGAAUCAAAUCGAAACUGGCAGAGAUAGGAUGUGCCAUCCCAUUAUUUUUCCAUUGCAUCAUCCACCAAGAAGCGUUAUGUUCCAAGGUCGUAUCAUGGAAAGAAGUAAUGGACAUCGUGGUAUCGACUGUAAACUACAUCAGAAAAAAUGGAUUGACUCAUCGUCAAUUUCAACAGUUUCUGUCAGAUACGGAAGCAAAUCAUCGAGAUGUUGUUUAUUAUUCUGAAGUGCGAUGGUUAAGUAGAGGCGCAGUGCUAAAAAGAUUUUUUGAUCUCAGAAAAGAAAUCAAUACUUUUAUGAAUGAAAAAGGCAAAUCUAUUCCAGAGCUGACAGACACUCAAUGGUUAAUAGACCUUGGAUUUUUGACAGAUGUAACUCAUGAAUUAAAUACGCUAAAUGUGAGGCUUCAAGGUAAAAAAAAACUAAUUUCUGAUAUGUACACAGACGUAAAAGCAUUUCAAAUGAAAAUUAAACUUUUUAUAAAACAUAUUGACGAAAAAAAGUUGGAUCAUUUUCCGAAUUGUAAAGAGGCUGUUGAGGAAGCUGGAAUUAAUUUUCAUUGGAAAAUUGAUAAAAUGAAGGAUAUUUUAAUACAACUGCAAUCUCAAUUCAGCGACAGAUUUGGUGAUUUUGAAAAAGUUUCAAGUAAACUGAAGGUGUUUGCAAACCCUUUUUCAUGUGAUAUUGAGGAAGUACCGAGUAAUUUACAAAUGAACAUGAUUGAUCUCCAGUCUAAUAAUGUUCUUAAAAGCACUUUCUAUGAACUCAAAGAUCUUGUUAAGUUUUAUGGUAGCUUGCCUUCUGAUUUUGACGAAUUGAAAAAGUUUGCUCAGCAGUUCAUUACAAUUUUUAGUAGCACUUAUUUAUGCGAACAAACUUUUUCAAUUGUCAAUUACAGAAAAAAUAAAUGUGCAUCUCGUCUCACAGAUGAGCAUUUGAGAGCCAUUCUACGAAUUGCAACUACAAAUAUGACAGCUAACAUACAAGAAAUAGCCUCCCAAAUACAACCUCAGACAUCACACUGA